AUGCUAUGUGUCCGGCAGCCCCAGCAUUCAUCCACAGGGUCUCAGCCUAAGUGUCACUUCCUGAAAGAGGCCUCCCUGACCGGCCUGGCUGAGGUGCUCCCCGCCAGCACCAUAAUCCAGUCCCUGCCGCUGCCGCCACGUCGGCCCGUUCCAGGGAACCCAGGCAGCCGCUGCGGGCAUCGGCAAGGGCCCAGCCAGGCUGCGGAGGGCAGAGGGCGGGGGCCUCCUCCUCAGCCCCGGGCCUGGCUCCUGCUGGGGACCCCCACCUUCCCCGGGGACACGGUCACACUGGCCUUCCGAGGGACAGAAGAGAGCCGACAGCACCCUCAUGCCCUACCAGGGUGCUCCUUAGAUCUGCAACUUUGCCACUGGUCCGACCCGCAGGAGAACCCAUCCGCUCUGCUCCAGCCCCUCUUGGUACCGUCGCCCGCCCUGGCUCGAGGCCCCGACCUGCACCAGGGUCCCAGCACCGGAAGCUAUCUGCCUGCAUCCAGGGAGAGAGGGCAGCUGCUUAUGACCGUGAACGCUUGCUUCAACCUAGAGGAACCGCCUAGGAGCGCGCACGUGGGGCCCAGCCGGCUGGCGCCUGGGUCACGUGGCGAGCCGGGGACUCAGGGCGCCGAGGCAGUUGGGUGCGGGAGCCUCCCCUCUGCCGGCGGCCGCCGCUCCCGCUCCCCCUCGCGCUACUCACCCCGGGCGGGGGCUCCCGGGACCCGGGAGAAGAGGACGAGAAACAGGAAGGGAAGGAGGCGGCGGCAGGGGGCCAGACAUGCCCCGGCGGCACCCCAGUUCCUGGGCCCAGCAGGUGGCGCCCGAGGGGCUCCCCGGCGGCGGCGAUCGCACAGGAGAGACCCGCUGCUGCCCGCGCUGCUUCUGCCUGAGCUCCGAGCAGCCUCUCGCGCGGGGGCUUCGGGGAGCACGAGGGCUUCGGAAGGCGGCGCCGAGUGGUGGCAGGACCUGGGGUGUGAUUCCUCGCACUCAGAUCCCGCUGUGGGCGCCAGGCGCCGCCGGCUACACCUGCCUGUCCUGCCCACCGUGGCCCAGCGGGCGGCGCGCGCCCGGACGGGGCUGAGGUCGCUGCUGCUGCCGCCCCUGCUCUUGGCCGGCGAGCCCCGGGAACCCGCGACCCGGCGCUCUGCGCCUGGACCGUGGGAGGACCCCCUCGGGGGCUCGGCCAGUGAGACCCCCGACUCCUUGGGCUCCCGGCUAAGGGGCGGGUUCCGGCAGUUCCUGCACCAGCUCCGGGCGGAGUGUGCCUGUGCUGAGCAGCCGCAGCCACUGACAUCCUCAGCAUCGCAACAUCAAAGGGGUGUGUCAGAGCAUUCCGGAAGGUCUCAGGGUCCCAGCUACUCCUUCCUCCCAGACCUGCGGGGCCAGCCCUCAUACUUCAAGAAUAGUCUUAAGAAGAUUUUGCUCCAUCAGAUACCUGCCCUGGGGCCCUUCAGCAGAGGUCAUUCACAAUUCGCCUCUGUCAAGAAGGCCAACCACAGGCCCCACGCUACACAGGCCCCCAAGCUCAAGGCCGUGCUCACCCACAACUUCGGGGAAGGUUCUGGGCACCGCAGGCGGUGCUGCCCUUUCCGAGUGCGGUUCGCGGACGAGACGCUCCGGGACACAGCGCUUCGCUACUGGGAGCGCAGCUGUGCAGUCCGGCAGGGCAUCACCGGGAACAGGCCAGCCGGCCGGUCAGCAGCAUCGGAGCGGGUGUUUGGCAGUGUCGGGCGAUGGCUGGAGAGUUUGCCCAAAGCCCUGUCCACCCUGGAGCCAAAGGACCACCUCUCUGAGGACACCUGCACGAACAGCCACCUGCCCUUCAUCCCCAGGGCCACUGCCCAGAGACAGCGGGGAGACCUCAAAACCUUCCUGGAGCAGAUGGAGGAAUCACCCUUUUCCUGGACCCAGAAGCUGGAGUCCUUCCUGCCCAGCUUGGUCUUGCACACGGUCCUGAAACGAGGCCGCCCGAAGGGGUACCAGCUCCUCCUGCCUUCGGCAUCGUACCGCACUCGGAGGUGAAUGGCCGCUGUGCCAAAGCCCAGGCAUGGCCAUGGGCGGGGGUGAGGAGAGGCCUUCCCUGACCCACAAAUAAACGCACAUCCCAGGUGGCUGGGACCUGCUGCCAGGUCUCCCCCUA